AUGGAUUGUGAUAAACAAUAUUCUAGUAUUGAUUUGGAAAAUUUUGAUGGGUGUCGUAUGCCCCCUGAUUUUCGUUUAAUUAAAGAAAAAAUCGAACAUUUCGAAGUUAGAGAUAAAGAUAUUUGGCUUACUUCUUAUCCUGCAUCAGUUACUUUAUCGAUUCAAGAAAUGAUAUGGUUAAUUGCUGAAGAUUUAUGCUACGACUUAGUUUGUGAUGUUGAUAUAGAUCUUCUUUUUCCAAUGAUUGAAAUUAACUGUUUGUCUAAACAUUUAAUAGAAUUUUGCCAAAAGAAUAAGAUAUUUAAUGAUGAACAGUUAAAAUCGUUUAAUGUAUCUGACGAAAUAAAAAGAUUAAAUCAAACCAGUGGGCAAAGAUGUAUUAAAACCAAUCUUCCUUGGUAUUUAUUGCCGAGGCAAAUUACAGAAGGUUUUAAAACGCCGAAGAUUAUCCACGUAAUGAGGGACCCAAAAAAAGUGGUAAGAUCUUAUUAUCUUCAUUGUACUAAAUCUUUCCCAAUAUAUAAAGGCGAGUUGAACACUUUUGUGGAUUUGUAUAUUAAUGGAAAAGUAUUGGGUGGCGAUUACUUUAACGUUGUUUUAAGCUACUGGAAUCAACGAAACUUACCAAACAUACUGUUUUUGACGUGCGAAGAAAUCAAAUUAGAUACAAAAGGAGUUGUUAAUAAAGUAUCAAAAUUUCUUGGAAAAAGUUACAACGAAUCGGAAACUAAAGAACUUCUCGAAUAUCUUGGUUUUUAUGAGAGGAAACUCAAUAAAGCUGUUAAAAAGGAAGGUAUUGGCCAAACACCGCAUACUAAUAAAAACGAAUUAAACCAAGAUAUGGUUGAUAAAUUAGAUAAAUGGAUCUUGGAGAAUAUAAAAGGUACUAAUCUACCCUAUGAAUCAUCUUAA